AUGAUUCAAAGUUGCGCAACUUUAGACGAUGAAGCUGCUGGGUUUGAAGACAGCGGUGAUGAUGGCUGUAGAGCAGAAACAUCUACUAAAACAGGUCGGAGAAAACAAAAAUCAGCGGACGGUAUUGUCGACCCUUUCGAUUCUAGUAAAUUCCUGGAUUACAAAAGUCCUGAGGAAUCUUCUUUUGAAGACGAAGUUGAUGAAACUUUUCUACUUGGAAUCCCGCUAGAAUUACGCAAAAAUGACACACCGUAUCAGUCUGAUGUUACCCCAAUUAGAGGUUUGGGAGAGAGCUCGUAUCGUCGGAAAACGAAUAAAGCUGUUGACGCUUUGAUUGGGCAAGCGAACGUGCUUUACGCUCGUGGGGAGAAAGCUCAAGCCCGGAUUCUACUUCUUGAGGCUAUAAGGGAAGAACCACGGAAUCCGGAUCCUUACAAGCAAGUCUCAGAUAUUUAUAGAGAGGUUGACAAACUGCACGAGUGUUUGCAAUAUGGGUUGUUAGCUGCGCAUCUCUCUAGCAGAACAACAGCUGCAGAGUGGUCAGAGCUAGGUGACCUUGCGUGUAAGCUUGGUAGAAAUGAAGAAGCAGCUGCAUGCUAUGGAAGGGCUAUUCGUAUAGAGCCAACCGAUUGGACGUACUAUGAAAAAAGAAUUAUAUUGCUUGAUCAGAUUGGGCUGAGACCUCUGGCUAUGAGAACACGUUUACAGGCUGCUCAGCAAAUUGACCAUUCAACCGCUAAUCUUGAUUUUAGUUGGUUCCAGGCUCUUAUAAAAUCGGUAGCAGAGUAUUAUAUAGAGUGUAAUGUUGAAUCUCGAGCAAUAGAGGCUCUAGAAGCAUUUGUUUUGAGGAGUCGCGAGUUUGGUAAAGAUGCUGAGGCGCAGCAUCACACCCUAGUUGGUAUGUGGAUGAGCAAAGGUCGUUUUGAAGACGCAGCAAAGUCUAUUUUCGCACUGUGUCAGGGAAUUACAGCAUUAGACGACAAUGGCAAAUUCAUUUUCGAAAUCAAAUAUGACAAUGCUGGCUACACAAUAAAACCGUUCCCUCCAGCUAAAGUACACAAAUAUGUGAUUGGUGAUUCUCUGGGAACGUACCUUCUGGCGAGGCUGAUAGUUUGCUUCAUUAGAAUGGAUCGCUCAGACUUGAUACCGGGUUUAGUUGAAAAAUUAAAUGAGAGGCAACCUACCGCAGAUGAUGAAGAGUCGUAUCUUCUUAUUCCUCAAGCACAUAUGACUAAGGAACACUUUGUUCCUGCUCAAAAGUUUCUAGAGCAUCUAUUUCACUACGAAAUCUUCAGUGGAUCUGCGGAGGCUUAUUAUUUGUACGGUCAAGUUCUGGAGUCAAGAAAGAAGCUCAAAGAUGCUGCAGUCGCACUUCAGCGAGUCUUAGAUUUGCAACCAUCCCACGUCGAUGCGCGAAUUAAACUAUCUAGAAUUCAGCAACGUUUGGGUUUAACUGAACAAGCGUUUGAAACACUAAGGGACUACGAUCUGGACGCUGGCAGCAGUAUUCCAGUCAGAACUGAAUUUGUUCAAAUUAUAAACGCUGUCAAAGAUGAACGUUUGUUGGUACGUCAGGCAGAUUUUUUGUUGUCUGAGAAACGUACAAAUCAAUUUGUACGAUGUGUUCGUAUGCUAUUGGCUCCUCAUUUUUUUCUAGUUCACCGAAAUUCUACUUCCGUAAAGAAGCGGUCGAGCGAGCCUCUUAUUAGCAACUGCGUGAGAACUGUUGCGCUGAAUGUUUUACAUGGCUCUCAGUUGGAGAAAUACGUAAAGCGUCUUGGUAACUUAGCACUCGCUGAAGAGAGGAGUCUUACAGGACUAACUAGCAUUCAGAUUCACGACUAUUGUUUCAAGCUUUUGGAGAUCUUUCUCAAUCAGGAUCGCUUUCUUGAUGCUCUUCAUAUUUGCUGCUAUGCAUAUCUACAACCUGUAGUCUACAAGACACGGAAGACUAUGGAGACUUUUGAGAAUCUUUUAUUAUACUGUUCACUGAAAGCGAAAGAGUGGCCACUGGCGUUUGAAUACCUCAGGUGUUAUUUUACAAAGUGUGUGAACAACCAUCCACUGCUAGUUCCAACAAAUUCCAGCUUUCUAUUCACAAGGAUUUUCAACUCAAUGAACUUUGUUUUUUGCCACUCACAGAAUGUUAGCUACCAUCGUUAUAUCAUGCGAGCACUUGCGCGAUUGCCUGAUGGGCCAAUGUUUGGAAAGAAGUCACUUGUUCGUACAGCUUUAAGAGUCAUAUCAGGCAACAAUUCGCUGAUUACUGGUGCUUAUCGUCACGCCUUAAGUGAGUAUUUACGGGUUUGGUCUGAUUCUCCUGAUAAUCCAUUGGUUUGCUUAUUAGUAGCCCUGACAUUUGUGCAUAUGGCUUGUAAGAAGGACAUUUACAGUCGCCACAUGAUUGCAUUAAGAAUUUCACGAGUUUUACGUGGUUUAGCUUUCAUGAAGCGUUAUGAAAAGUUACGGGGUCCUUGCCAGGAAACUUAUUAUAAUGUUGCGCGUAUGUUCCACCAGAUGAAUAUCUUACCUGUAGCGAUACACUUCUAUAAUAAAUGUUUACAGGAAGAAAUCCCUCAAGUUCAAAUUACAGAUUUUGACACAGGAACACUAAUUAAAGUUAAGGCUGAAAGGUAUAAUCUGAGACCUAUGGCUGCUCAUAAUCUAGCGUUAAUUUAUCGAGAAAGUGGGAAUAUAUCCAAAGCAACGAUGCUGCUUAAAAAGUAUUGUGCAGUUGCUCUAGCAGACUUUCAGGAAAAACCAAAUUAA